AUGCUUUUGCUCAGCUUUCAUUGUUCACGAUUUUCCGACCAGCCGCUUUUGGUGCUCCGCCGCUCGCUUCUGAACAGUUGGAUCAAUGUUUUGCUCGUGCUCGUCCCACUCGGCAUCGCGUCGCGCUCGGCAAUGCUGCCGGACGUGGCCAUUUUCCUGAUUAACUUUUUUGCUAUUAUCCCGCUGGCCAAGUUGCUUGGCUACGCCACAGAACAAUUGGCCCUGCAUCUGGGCGACACAUUGGGCGGGCUGCUUAACGCAACGUUUGGAAACGCCAUCGAGCUUAUUUUGGGCAUCCUGGCGCUGGUAAAGGGCAAGAUUGAGAUUGUGCAGACGUCACUGGUGGGCUCUAUUUUAAGCAACCUGCUGCUGGUCGGUGGUUGCUGCUUGUUUCUGGGCGGAAUCAAGAACAACGAGCAGGUGUUCAACAUACACGCCGCGCAGUCGUAUGGGACGCUGCUGGCCAUGGCCAUCUUAGCGACACUGCUGCCAGCCGCCUAUAAUUUGCUUGAUGCCAAGGGCUCCGAACUCAAGAGAGGCACUCUGAUAUUGUCACAUGUUACUGCUGUCCUUUUGCUGAUCAUUUAUGUUGCCUAUUUGGUGUUUCAGCUCAAAACACACUCCAGUCUGUUUGCUGCUGUUGCAAGCCUUGUCGACGUCGACUCCAACGCCGAAAUCGAGGCCAAGCUGAUUGAGGCCAAGCUCGUAGAAGAAAACGAGGAGGAGGAGGAGGAGAUUGAGCUGACAAUAUGGGCCUCAGUGUUUUUGUUGGCUGUUUCCACGGCUCUUACAGGCAUGUGCGCUGAGUUCCUGGUCUCAUCGAUUGACGGGCUGACUACCAAGUGGAAUAUGUCGCCGUCCUUUGUUGGUAUGAUUUUGUUACCCAUUGUUGGCAAUGCCGCCGAACACGCCACCGCUGUGACUGUUGCCAUCCGCAACAAGAUGGACUUGGCGCUUGGCGUUGCUGUCGGAUCGAGCAUCCAAAUCGCGCUGUUUGUAAUGCCCUUUUUGUGCAUCUUAGGCUGGAUCAUCAAGGAGCCAAUGACUAUAUACUUCAACCCGUUCACAACCAUUGUGAUGUUCGUCAGCGUGUUGUUGGUAAACUAUGUAAUUGGCGAUGGUCGAACAAACUGGCUCGAGGGGCUCAUCCUGCUCAUUGCCUAUUUUAUCAUCGGUGUGGCGUACUUCCUGUACCCAAAGGAGUUGAAUAGUUAG